AUGUCCGAAGAACUUCAGGAUGAAGUUGAAGCAAUAAAUUCCAUCUACGGCGACGGUAGCCUGGUCCCCGUAGAAGACGACUCCUCUGUAUUUAUUCUCAAACUUCCAGGCGAUGCAUCUUCUCUGCGUCUGAGAUUCCCGUCUGAUUACCCCUCUAAGCCCCCCAGUGCCCUCAGUACACACCACAGUUCUGGUGGUGUCAAAGGCGCCGGUGCUCGUGACCUGGCACUUUUCCGAGACGCUCUGGGCGAGGUAUUUCAAGAGGGUCUGGUUUGUCUAUUCGAUGCCGUGGAGGAGUUCACGCGGCGUGCGCAGGAGCAGAAACCAGAGCCCGAAAGUGAGGCCCCAGCGCCAUCAACACCUGAAGAAGAAGACUACGAGCAACCAGACUUUCCCCCUCCGGAAUGGUUUCUAUCCGAUCUCGUGACAGAGUCGAAAUCAACAUUCUUAGCUCAUGUUGCACGAGUUACUUCGCCAGAUCAGGCUCGAUACUACGUCCAACUUUUGCUCUCAUCAGACAAACGCAUACGCAGCGCCACGCACAACAUGACAGCAUGGCGGAUCCGCGGACCCGGGGCUACGAGUUUCCAGGACUGCGAUGACGACGGCGAGACAGCUGCUGGUGGAAGGAUGUUGCAUCUGAUGCAGGUCAUGGAUAUCUGGGAUGCCAUGGUGGUGGUGACGAGGUGGUACGGCGGUAUUCAGCUAGGACCUAGAAGGUUUGCGCUCAUCAAUGCCGUAGCUAGGGACGGGUUUGUAAAGGCCGGAUUGGUAAAAGAAGAGAAGCAGGAGAAGAAAAGGGGGAAGUGA